CGAAGAAGUUCCUUGCUGUUACAACCUUGUUUGUUUUCAGGAAAGAAAGGGUGGAGCGAAAAGAAUUUGGGGACCAAUGCUCUCGUGAAGCACAGGCAGGCCUUACAAAACAAGAAUGGCGAAACCUUUGAGGAACUGCUGGUCAGCUUCUUCGAGUACUACUCCUCGGUGGACUUCAAGUCCAAGUCCAUCUCCCCGUACACGGGCCAGCUGUUGGAGAAACCGGACUACUCCGCCAUCCACAUCCAGAACCCCCUCGACCGGCAGCUGAACGCCAGCCGCAACGUCGGCGCUCCGGACCUCCGCAAGCUGCAGAGUCACAUGGGUGGCGCGCUCGCGGCGCUCGAAGAGGCCUGCCGCGGGAUCACACAAGAGGUGCCCUGGGGCAUCGCGGCACUCCUGGGCGACGGCAAGCCGCACGGAAACAGGAGGGUCGAACAGGCGCACCGCAGGUUUCAGGUUCAGGAACUCUUUCAGGAGGGCAAAGGGGCACCCAAAACGAGCUAUGUCGUAGAGGCGACCGCCGCGGGGGUGAAAGGAGCGAGCUGAGCGGGCCUUUCAAGAACGGUGGCCUCAGACUAAAUGCCUACGCUUGGAGCGACGUCGGACUCAUUGUUACGUUCUGCCGUGAGGAAACUCCGGGGACUUCGAAGGAAGUACGAAAGGUGCUAUAGUCACUGGCAGGAUGAGAACAGUAAAGAGGUCCUUCCAGCUCCAACUCUUCAGCAUCUCGCGAGCCUCAAGCGCGCUCACAUUAGCCACAGUUCGGCAGAAGAAAACGUGCGCAUGCUGGAGGCAGGGCACCCAAAAGAGUAGCCCUGCCAUUCUCGUCUUGUCGGAGACUAUGAAUGGCUCGGAGUGAACUUGCGAGGAGGUUUCUUCCAACAGUUAUUGCUAAGGUGCGAAUGUCGUCGGCAGAGGUCAUUGUUUUUCUAUCUUUCGUGAGAGCUCGUGGGGAAGUUUGGCGAGACUCAUACAAAUGUCCGUCAUAUUUCGAGAAAAAAGGCUCUUCAAAUCGAUGCUAAAAAUGGUUGCGAAGCAAUAACAAAAAGUCUAUUCUAGCCUGCCACGGUGAAUGUAAGAUAUGCACUUCAAGUUCACAAAGAUCUUGUUUUUAUGAAGAUGGUAAUUUCGUACGGUAUUGCAGUCCCUGCUGCCGAGUGGAUGGCGGGGAUGGUUAAAAGAAUUUACCCAGAAGUGUUGGAGAAGGGACACACAUCAUUAACUGCAAAGAAUUAGGGAAAGGGGGAGGAAGUGGGCGUAAGGGGAUAGACAAGGCGAGACAAGUGUAUAUUAAGUUCACACAUUGGGAUACUGUAGAGAAAACAUUACAAUUCUUAGGUUUAUGCCAGAUGCCACCACUACAGAAAACUCGAGAACCAGGAAUGUUUCACCUGUGGCUUUUUAUUUAUAGGUCAUUAAAUAAAU